AAGUCAGGAAUAUGGCAACUCUGAAAGACAUUACCAGGCGCUUGAAGUCCAUCAAGAACAUUCAGAAAAUUACAAAGUCCAUGAAGAUGGUUUCUGCAGCAAAAUACGCAAGAGCUGAGAGGGAGCUGAAGCCUGCUAGAGUCUAUGGAACAGGAGCACUGGCUCUCUAUGAGAAGGCAGAAAUAAAGGCACCAGAGGACAAGAAGAAGCACCUUCUUAUUGGUGUGUCCUCUGACCGAGGUCUGUGUGGUGCUAUCCAUACAUCUAUUGCGAAGACCUUGAAGAACGAGAUUACCAACCUCUCAAAUGCAGGGAAAGAAGUUAUGGUGGUUGGAGUAGGUGACAAGAUCAGAGGCCUACUUCAGAGGUGAAAAGGAGAAGGGUUCCUGCUGACAUUCAAAGAAGUGGGACGGAGACCUCCGAGCUUUGGAGAUGCUUCAGUCAUUGCCUUGGAGUUGUUAAACUCUGGGUAUGAAUUUGAUGAAGGCUCUGUCAUCUACAAUCGGUUCAGGUCUGUCAUCUCUUACAAGACUGAUGAAAAACCAAUCUUCUCCCUUGAAACAGUUGCUGGUUCUGAAAGCCUAAGUAUCUAUGAUGAUAUUGAUGCUGAUGUGCUGAGAAACUACCAGGAAUUUACACUAGCAAAUAUUUUGUACUACUCCCUGAAAGAAUCCACCACCAGCGAGCAGAGUGCUAGGAUGACCGCUAUGGACAACGCUAGCAAAAAUGCUUCUGAGAUGAUUGACAAAUUGACCUUGACAUUCAACCGUACCCGUCAAGCUGUCAUUACCAAGGAGCUUAUUGAGAUCAUCUCCGGUGCUGCUGCUCUGUGAGUACCUGUAUAAAUGUGAAACAGGAGUUGUUGCAAAGUGGUGUAAUGUUUGCACGUCCUGCUCCAGUCAGGUUGAGGGGGAAGGUAAGGGCAUGUAAGUCCCAGAGCUGGA